GUCGGCGGUCGCGGGCUGUAUCCAAAAUGAGCACCACCCUGGUGAUGGGUCUCCUCUUCCUGGCCUGCACAUUCCUCUACAUUUCCGCAUGCAUCUCCACCUCCGUUCGAUCCCCCUGCCCGCCGGAGGAGAGCUGCCCCCAGACGGAGGGGCAGUCUACUGCCAUUUGCGGCUUGGACGAGGACGGGAACUGCAUUCGAAAGUAUCCGUCCAAGUGCCUCAUGGACAUUGCGGCCUGCCACGCGGGAAGAACAUUCACGGACUACAGCAGUGUCUACUGCGCCAUGGAAUCGUUCCUGUGCGAACAGUCAUCCACAUACGAGAGGUGGACAGUUUUCUUUGGCUACGAAAAGGAUUAGGAGAUUCCAUGGAGAUGCCCAAAACAUUUGUACAAUAUUUAAUUAAUUAUGUAUUUCUUGGCCCAAAAUGUUCCUUAAGCUAUUCCUAAUCGAAAAUUGAAAAAUGAUUACAGAUUAACCAGAAAAAAACA